GCCCCGCAGCCGCUGCCGGGGCCGGCUGGUCCCCGCGCCUGGGUGGCGGAGCGGGGCCGCUCCCGAGUCGGCAGCGCUGCGGCGUCGGCCAGGCACCGCUCGGAGGAGCGGGCAGGAGGGAGGCGCUGCGCGGGGGUCGGGGAGAGCCGCCGAGCUGCCCCGGGAGCUCUGCCCCGGCCGGGCUGGCACCUGCGGGCCGGUGGCACCGGCCACCACCCCUUUUGGGUCUCUGAACAAAAUGAAUUUCAUUACAAGGCUUUCUGCUUUAUGUCUGAGGAAAAGCAAGAUGCAACACAGGCACCAAAGUAAUAGACGACCAACUGCUCCACUUGGAUCACGGAUUUUAACUGAUCCUUCUAAGGUCUUUGAGCAUAACAUGUGGGACCACAUGCAGUGGUCACAAGAAGAAGAGGAGAGUGCCAAGAAAAAAGCAGCAGAGAACUCACUUGUGAAAGUUCAAUGGGAAGACCAAGAUAAAUAUGAGAGAGAAGCCAGUAAAUAUUGGAAUGAAUUUUACAAGACCCAUAAAAAUAACUUUUUCAAGGAUCGUAAUUGGCUAUUUCUGGAAUUUCCAGAAAUUCUUCCAGAAGAAAAGAGACAAGAAUUGAGAAGAGAAGAAAGAUCUUCAGAACACAGAAAAAUAAAUAGUACCAACAGUUUUUCACACAAAAAUGAAAUGUUUGAUGAAGGAGAAAAAUACUGGAAGAAAAAUUAUCGAGGUGGUUCUACUGCUGUACAGGGAUGUGUAUAUAAUAAAAACAAAGCAGAAACAAUUAGUGAAAAUCCUCAGGGUAAAAAUUGUGGAGAAGAACUUGACAGGCUAGAAUCUUUCCCUGGAAGUGAUGCCACUUAUAGAAUAUUAGAGGUUGGUUGUGGAGCUGGAAACAGCGUCUUUCCUAUUUUGGAAGUUCUAUGCAAUACACCUGGAACCUUUCUAUACUGUUGUGAUUUUGCUUCAGGAGCAGUGGAGCUGGUAAAGUCACAUUCGUCCUACAAUUCAGCCUGGUGUUCUGCCUUUGUUCAUGAUGUGUGUGAUGACGCUUUACCCUAUCCUUUUCCAGAUGAGAUCCUGGAUGUCAUUCUCCUUGUCUUUGUGCUCUCUACUAUUCAUCCUGACAGGAUGCAAGGGGUUGUAAAUAGGUUGGCUAAGCUACUGAAACCUGGAGGAAUGUUGUUAUUUCGAGACUAUGGAAGAUAUGAUACAGCUCAACUUCGUUUUAAAAAAGGUCAUUGCUUGUCAGAAAAUUUUUAUGUACGAGGAGAUGGAACCAGAGUGUAUUUCUUUACCAAAGAUGAGGUAUGGAACAUGUUCAACUUGGCUGGAUUAACUGAAGUACAGAAUUUAGUUGAUCGGCGAUUACAAGUAAACAGGAAGAAAAAAGUGAAAAUGCAGCGAGUUUGGAUACAAAGCAAGUUCCAGAAACCGUUGCUGUCUCUGCAUAAUCUUGAAGAAACAACCAAAAGGCACUCUUAUAAAUAAUUGUACUCCAGAAAUGUAGUACAGCAAUGAACUCCAGAAACAGAAGCAAAUUGGAGAUGAGAGACCUGCUUUAUUUCCAUAAACCCAGAUCUGUUUCAAGAAUAAGGUACAAGAAAGGGAGUUGGAAGGUAGGAUCUGAUCCUGCAUCUUUGGUAUAUUCUAAACUGCCAUAAGACACUGUUUGAUGAAUUAAGAGACUCAGGAAGCUUUGGUUAGCAAUGGCAUUGUUGUAACCAGCAAUAAAACUCUCGUGGUGUAAAUCAAAGGUUAAAACACAGCUUAAGCCUUAAGUCUUAAAAGACUAUAGUAGUCUUCAUGGGAAAUACAAAUAAAUAUCUGCUUAUAUUUUAAUUAUGUUGCUACCCUGUUUAAUAAUUGUGAUUUCUGAAUAUACAGAGCUCUUAGUAUAAUGCAAAUCGUUUUCACUUGUAGAAUUUUCUACGGCCGGUGAUGGUGAUAAGCUCCUGAGCAUCAUGCAGUCUUACUCAUGUAUGUGACGUAGAUUUUCCAUGUGUAAGGGCUAAUAUAAUGUUUACUUUGGCACUCACAAGGAUAUGUUGAUUUUGGGAAGGCUUUAAUAUGCUAUGUUGUUAGUUUAACAAAAAUGUGACAUCAGAAGAAACCAAAACCUGAAUUUUGAAUGGCCUUAAGCGAAAUUGUUUCUCUUCUACAAUUUGAAAAAUAAAUAUUGGCUGUCUCUUUGAGAAUAAUGGUGCCUACUUUAGAAGUAAUAAGAUCAGCUACUAUUGGUAAAUGUAGAAUAUCCGCUGUCUGAACAGUCGUAAGAUUCAUAAAAGGGGAGUGGAAAUGGAAAAAGACAUCAUUCCCAAUAAGAACUUCUGAAUCUGAGUAAGACUUUCAGUAUUUUGGUUUCAUGACAUUUCAGUUUUCAAAAAGCUUAAUCAAGGACAUAUUUUUAAAAUAUUUUCAAAUUAUCUGUAUUAGUUGGGAAAACUACUAUUACAGCAUUGUCAAAAAAAAGAAAAGAGAUGCAGAAAACUAUAUAGGAAGUGCAGUUUAAAAUGUCUUAUUGUUAAUUAAUUUCUGGAGGAAAAAAGAAAUUAGUUUAUUGCAACCAAAUGUGCCCAGUCUAGAAAAAGGCUUUAAGUUUCACUUUUGACAUCUAAAGUUAUUUCUUUACUCAGAUACGUACCUAAAAUUAACUUAUAGAAGUACUCAUUCUAUAAAAACAUUUUAAUUUAUAAUUGCAAAUUUUCUCUAAUUUUUUUUUUUUGUUCAGCAUGACUUCCUAAUGGCAAUUAGAGAAAGGUAAUCUUAUUAGAAUUGAGCUUUGGCUUCAUUGGCUUUGUCUUGCUUUCUCAAUAGUGUGUACUUUUUGCCCAUCUCCACUGGUAUUGUAUUACAUUUAUAUACAUGGCCACUUGAGAAGGGUACUUAUUGGUCUAGACUUUUCUUAGUUUUGAAGCAAGUGUAAGACAGCUAUAAAGAAAGCAACCAACCUUUUUGUACACUAAUUUUGAAGUAUCUAGUCAAUAACAAUUAGCUCAUAUAAAAGAAGAUUGGGUUUUUUCUCAGCAAAACCAAGGCAAGUUCUUGUGCCAUAUCUACAAAUCCACAGACUCUGAAAGACAACCAAAAUGCAGGUCUGAUGAGGAGACAGCAGAAACUCUAGCAACACUAGGGAAAAGUUUGUUGUCUUGGAAACUGCUCAGCUAAUGUCCUGAUUCUGCUGUUUAAUAAUGACUAAAAAUUUAUAACUAACAACCCCAAAAUUUGUAUUAAACGCCAGUGGAUAUCACUUAGUGUAAAUUUUGCUACUUCAUUUUCAUUUGUAGUGUGAACUUCAUUCACUGUUCCGUUGUACUCUUUGAUCUGUUGACAUACGGCUUAUUUCCUUUUUCUUGUGCAUAGUGGACAUCUAAGCAGUUUUCACAGGAGCUAUAUACAGUAAAGUUUGCUGGCUGAGUUAUUGCUAGGAUUGAAGCAAGAGAGUUUUAUUUCCUUCUGCUUUUUGUUUUUGUGUGAAUGCAAUGAAUUAUAAAGAUGCCAAAUUCUAUACAGUGGUGUUGGGUGCAUUUUUUUAGUUAUUUUAGAUCAAAUAUCAUAGGAUCAUAGAACAGUUUGGGUUGUAAGGAACCUUGAAAAUCCUGUAGUUCCAACCACCCUGCUGCAGGCACAGACACCUUCCACUAAACCAGGUUGCUCAAAGCCCCGUGCAUCCCAGCCUUGAACGUGAGCACUCUGUCUGUGAUAACAGACAGUUCAUAUAUAAACUAUAUCUUCUCCAUAGAGUCUUCAUAAUGGGUGGUUGAACAACCUUGGAAAUAAACCCUUUAUACAUAUUAUAAAAAUAUUAAACAUUGCUAUUGUUAAUAAUACAGGUCACUUUGCCUUUCAGUGUGUGUAGACUUCUUUACAUGUUUGAAACAAGGACUGGACUUUGGGGUGACCAUCCUUCACCCUUUGCUAGUACCAAGCAACUAAAAAAGGAGAAUUGUCUGGUUUGAAAGCAAGAGCCAUACAUGCAGGAAGGGAGGAAAAUGAAGAUGCGGCUCAAAGGCAAACAAGAGAAGGAGUGAGUGUUUCCUCUGGGAACUAGGAUAAGAGGAAGCUUGGAUAGACUCACCAGAAAGAACGAGAUGCAGAACGGAACAGGGAACUGAGGAACAGAAAUCCAUGGGCACCAUAUAUGGAGAAGAUAUGUAACAGUGGCAGUGUGGCAGGGGAACAAUGUUUUUACCUUCUUUCAAGUAGAACCCCAUAGUGACAGAAGCUACAUUCCUAACCUCCUGGGAAGCAAAUACAAAAGAAUAACAGAAGUGUCUCCAUCCUGAUUGUGUUCAAUCAAGGCACUCCAAGAGUGAGAUUUGGAGUAUUUAAGGGAUCUACUAAAGUUCAGAAAUGAAACACAGGUUAUCUAGAACAAUGAAUCUUUCCACAGUAAUAGCAAAGCUUGACCAUGUGAGAACAGAAUUUUCUUUGGAAACAGUUCAGCUCUGUCUCAGAAACUACAGAUAAGGAACGAUCCUUGAACCUGUCUCAUCUGAGACAGGCAUUGCUUUCACUGUUGUUUUUAUGACAGCUGAAUGUGAAUGGUGAAUGUAUCUUUGGAAGGCAGAAGGUGAGGUGCAUUGUCUUUUAGUGGUCAAGUCUGAUAGACAUCCUUUUUUAUGUGUUGGUAUUGAGUUUUAUAUAAGAUUUUGCAAAAGUGAAAAUAAGUUUUCCCUAGGGAGAAAGAUAAGAAAUAAAGGAUUAGGAUAUCUCUCCAUACAAUAACUCCUACUGUGAAAUUCUAGCCCUAUUUGUAAUGCUAGGUUAAUAGAUGGAAUUGAUGAUCUUAAAAAGGUCUAUGAUUCUAAUAAGAGCUUUGCUACUGACUUCAGGAUGAUCACAGUUUUACUCCUAAGGUGCAGUUGUGCUUUUCUAGGAAAGCUAAAGUAUAAAAUACAGCUUCUGCCAGCACACCAUCAAUGCAAUAGGAAGGGAAGAGGAUAACAUUGAAUUACAUCCAUAGCCAAUAAUAGCUGCUGUGAGCACCCUGAUGAUCAGUGUAUUAAUGUUAGUCAUCAGCUUUUUGGGUUUGUAUAAGAUUAUUUUCUUCAAAUCUGAAUGAAGUAGACUCAAGAUGAAUUUGAGUUCUUUAUGGAACUGUAGUUAGUAUUUUUUUUUAAACUCUUUAAAAAAUGUCAGAUGUGGUAAAGCUUCUUAGAUUUUUAUUAAUAAAGCACACCAUUUAUAACUAACUAAGUUUUGAAGCCCUCCAAGGCACUGUUUAAUUUUUCAGCUCUCUUUUUUUGGUUCUAUCUAGUUCUGUAUUAGCUUCCUAUCAUCAGGUCUUGCCUUUUGUAAAGCAGACAUUCUCAUGCACACAUUUCUGGGACGUAUUGUGCACAUCAUGAAAGAAGGAAAAUGACUCUUGAUUGGGAUCCCAGUCUUCACUGACCCACUGCUCAGUGGGUAUUAGAUAGUGUGCUUGGCUAUCAGCAACAUUGCAGAGGGUCUUUGGCCAGUACAUUGCCUACAAGUCAUGGAUUGAAGACUGUUCCUUCAUAUAUUUCAGGCAGAGCUAACAUACUCUUUUUGAUAGGGCUGUUUUGAUGUCAGCUAAGAAAAUAACUCUUUGAUGUGUUUGCAUGAGAAUGAAUCCUGUAGAUAAAAUUAUAUUGCAUAAUAGUUUCCUGCAGCUCCCCAGAUACUUAUUAGAGUAUUCGGAAAUUUAAUUCAGCCUCUCCCUAAGAAUUGAGGUCUCCACUUUGUACUUCUGAUUGCUUCUCUCAGCUCAAUUAAUGACAUGGAAGCACUUGUUCUUUCUCUGAAUAGUGUCUGGGUGCCUCCUGCCAGAGCAAUGGAGAUCACCUUCUGCUGAGCUUAUAGAUAUAUGCAGGAAUAGAGCCAUAAUGGGUGCUUCAGUGCACUGUGUAAUAUCCUCUUCCAAAUUAAGAAGGCUCUGAGACCAAUCAGUUUUUCCCUGCCUGUAUUUGAUUGCACACUUAAAAUCAGCUGACUCUCAGGUCAAGUGGUGCCUUGUAGCUUUAAGCUCAGCAGUGGCUGUUGUCUGUGUUAGGGAAUUUUUCUGUCACUAUAAAAGGCAAAACAAGACUAAAGAUACUAAAGAUGGCCCUGGAAUUUUUUUGCAAUGAUGCUCCCUGAGAAACUUGAAAUUUCUUGAUUGUAAAUAGGAAAACUCUUGAAGUUUCCUACUUGGUAGUACAUGGUAGAGAGAACUUGAGAAGGGAAGAAAAGGGUUUAAUUGAAUACUUUCCAAAAAUAAAGUGAAAAAAAUUAUGUAUAUCAAAUCAGAAGGAAAUAGAAUAGUAGGGUGAGGUGACAAAGUCCUCUUACAAUCUGAUAGUACUCAAGACUGGGCAAAGUUCUGCAUUGUGGUAUUAGAUGUCAACAUCCUGAGAUAUUCAGCUUGGCACAGUGAGACCACUUCAUUACCUCAUUUCACACUAGUGUGUUUCAGGCUAUGUGCUGAAUAUUUCCAGUACUUGGCUUUUUAUACUAUGUGCGAUAGAUUAAAUUUUCCUAUUUUGACAGGGAAUAUCUUUAGCAGGGUGCCUUGAAAUGCCUUAGGGAUUCAAGCUGUCCCUUAAUCAAUGCUGCAGAGGAUGCAGUUUUGAUUUUUUUCCUCUAAUAUAUGAACUAUGACACUAGAUUCAUCCUGGCAUACAUCUGCCAGAGCAGACUGAAGGCGUUCAGUGAGAGACACUUCAUGACCAGCAUAGGGCCAACAAAUAGGAGGCAAUCUAAAAAAGGGGAAUUGAAAUAUAAUAUAGAUGGGAAAUAUAAGAUAUCUCAAAAUAAGGUCAUAAUGGAGGACGUAAAUUGCACAUCUAUGCAGACAGCAACAGGACAUCCUCAAAAUAUCCUACAGUAUCUGCAUACUGAUACUGACUUUUACAAAUAUGCAACAGAUAUGGAUUGUUUCUGAAAAGAACAGCUAUGGGUCAAGAUGUAACAUAACAGAGAAAACAACUCUGUGAAUAUAAAUAUUUAUUAUUAGUGGAGAGAAACUGCUUCCUACUAAAAUUGGCAAGAAUGAUGAAUCCAACCCUCUUAGUAUUUAUUGGAGAAUUAGAAGGCUAAUGAGGUGCAGCGAAAAACCCUUUUCUGCCUUCUAGAAAAAUCAGCAAAGCUAACACUGUCAGACCAUAAUGAAGAAUACUCCAGCUACUGGGCUGCAGAUCCACCACUAAAAAUCUCCAGUGCCUGAUACUGAACCAAAAAGAGAAAAAUACAAAAUGAAAAUUCCUACAUUACCUGAAGGACAUGCAGAAUUCUUUUCCAUCUGUAUUUUUUGUGAUUGUUAAUACUUGUGUGAAACACUGCUGAACUGCCAUAGAGCAAAUUACAAGCAAGAGAUGACUGUGUCUAGUUUGAUCUUUGAGCUUCUUUGAUUAGAUGCAGAUAAGAGUCAAUGUCAUCUCUACAUAUUGUGGCAUGUUUAACAUCUGCUGUUCCUUUCUGGGCUGGUUUGCAGUUUGAGUCCUUAACUUAUGACCUUUUCUUUUUCUUUGAUUUAGCCAUUGAUUACACCCCAGAAGAUGUGAUUCAUUUGAACUACAAAAUCUCUGCUUGUUGUGGUACUAAUAAGCAUUGUGCCUACUGAAAGCUGUAGCAGAAGAGAAAGGGAGGAGGCCUAACAUGCCUGACACUGUCUUUUGUCUGUGUUGCAGCAAGGGGAGAAGGAAAGAUGUAUAGGAAUAGUUUUAUCAUCAUGCAUACAUAUACACACACAUAAGCAUUUUUAUUUGUUUAUCUAAUCUCCUGGACGCUUUUUCAAUGCCUGUUUUAACCCUUUGUUCUUGAAGUAAGCAAGGAAAAACUAUAUGACAGGCAUUUAAUUUUUUUCUUUCUUGAGAGCAGCUAGUGUCCCUUGUGUUGAGAAGAAAAUAGUACCGUGUGGAAAGCUAAAUUUCAAUUAACACAUCAAAGGGCAGUUUGUGGUGUUUUGCCUAUAACUAAGGCUUAACUGAGUUGCAGGACUCUGGGAAUUUUGUGUUUUCCUAUAUGCUCACUUACUGCAUUCUUAGCUCUCCUACUUUUCUAGUCUUCCUCUGCUUCUCCAAAUGGGACUAAUGAAAGCAGUAUAAUCUUGUCGAAUAUGGUUCUUGCUGAGGAAUUAGAUGAACAGCUGCUGGGAACAGUCUGGGAAUACAAUUUGGUGAAAAAAAAGAGAUGAGGUACAAACAAAUUCCCUUAUGAUGCCAUUCAUUCUAUAUGCAGUAUUAUACCAGAGGGUGGAAAAAUGGGAAGGCCUAAAAUUCAAUUUCAAUUUGAGCUGGUUUAAAAAGAAGCAAUUCUACAUACAUUGCAGCCACAAAAGCAUAUAUUUAUAGGCACAGGCUUUCACUUUGUAGGUAGAAACUGCACAGCUGGUUGUGUACAUCUGGUUUUUUGCAUGCAUAAGAACUUACUUUUACAGGCACAACUAUUGUACUUUCUUCUCAGUAUUUCCCAAACAGUUAUGCUAAUUCCUCUAUUAUCUAGUUCAUAUCUCUUCUUCGUGCUUUAAACAAGGUUGGGAAGGGGAAGAAAACCCUACAUUUUGGCAUGCAGGACAAUCAGAAAUCCAAUCCAGAAAAUGAAAAAGUCAUUGGUAUGUGUCAGUGUUCCUGCAAUAUCCUCCCACUCACAUUUUUGCAUUGUAAAAAUCCAGCAUGCAAUUCUUGGUUAGGACUGGAAAUUAAAGCUAAUCUCCUCAGUUGCCUUAUGCAUGUCAUACACCAAUUGAAGCAAUGGCAUUUUGCUUUCUUGUCUUGCUACUUCAGUGAAUUUCUUCUCAGGUCCUUUACACCUAGCAGUGUCUGGGAAACACACACAGAAUUAAACACGCCUGUCUACGGAAAUGGGAGAGCCAAACACAAGAACUACGUUGAUCUUGGAUAAAGUAUCAUUUAGUGUAGUUCUAAUAAUUCACACUAUUUUGUAAAGUUUGGUGGGGAUCUUGGUAAUAUAGAACAUGCUGUGGCCUUUGGCCACACAUCCCAUAUUUUGAACCAGAUUUCCACCAACUUGUUUCCUUUCAUCCCACUGAUGGCCAGUAGCCAGUAGUAGGAGUUGGAUUCUUUUCUUGAUUGGUGUGUUAGAACACAUGGAAACCUUCUUAUGCUGUGUAUGUUUUGUAAACUACAAGCUUGGACUGAAAACAGCCAUUUUAGAGUUCUAGGAAAGUAAUUUUAAAUAAAUACUUCAAAAUAUUAUUCUGGAACUGAAUUUUUUCCAAUUUUUUUAAAUUGGAAGAGGCCUUCUUGGUAGUGAUGAAGAAAGAAAUAUGUAUUUUUUAAAAAUAACUCUUAGAAAUCAUCUAGAAGUUUAACAGUCAUGAAGACUUCAUCAUAAAUGACAUUUUGGUUUCUUUAAGAGGGAUUGCAUUAGCUCUCAGAAUGGAAGUGUCACCAGAUCAACUGUAACUAUAGCUUGACACUUUGUGCUUCUGUGCAUGUGCACAGCUUGAUAUUAUCUAAGUACUGGUAACAGUGGUACCUAAGGCUGCCCUGGAUAAACACAAGUUUCUGAUGACAGCAUCUUAAGUACAGGAGAAAAGCUCUUGUGCAGUUUACAUUUAUGAUACCAUCAUAUCCCUGAGGUGCUGGCAGAGCUUCAUUCACAGUUUUUCGGUGAGUUGUUUUUCUGUAUUUCAUGUAUCACUUCUCUUUCUUGGUGAAAAUCAUUGAUAUUUCUUCUCUUUAAUAAAGCCAGAUUAAAAUUAAGAAUGAACAUCAAAA